AUGAAAGGGAAUUUGAGUUAAAAGAGUUGGAAAUUGAGACAAGGAACGCAGUUCAACUAGUUUCAAGACCUGCUAAAUGGUUGUGUAGCUCAUAAUCUGACGAAGAGAAAAGAGCUUUUUGAGUCAUUUGAAGUUGAGGUGGAGGAGAAGGUUCCGGUUUUAUAAGACUUGGAUUCGGUUCGAGUGAUGACGGAGUAGAUGCAGACGAUGCAAAAGAAUCUAUAGAGUAAGUACACUUUGAUAAAGAGAACGAAAUUGCUGUUUGAAAAGAGGGUAAAUUAGUUAAGGGAAACUUUGAUGAAUAUUCGAGUGAAGGAUUUCGAAGUGAAUGAUGAUUCAGUAAUAAAGGAAUUGCAUUAAGCGAAUAAGAGGAUGUUGGAGUUUUAGUAAUUGUCGGAGAAAUUCAGAAAAAACUAACUGAAGCGCUAGGAGAUGCAAUAGAAGGAGUUGGAGCAUGAAUAGGAGUAGCUUCGAAAGUAGUAACAACAUAUCUUGGAAUUGAGAAUGGAGAAUUAGAAGUUACUAGAUAAAAUAUAGUAAUUGGAUUUAGAGGAAUAAGAAAAAAGAAGGAGAUUGCAUGAAUGUUUUUAGACAAGUGAGUACAUUGAGUUUUUUACUGAGGUGCAAAUGUUAUAAUAAGACAAGGAGGUUUCGACAAACUCGAAUGAUCAAUCUAGAUAAUUAGGCAGAGAUAAAUAAUCGACGAGACAUGAGAUAGUGACGAUGAUGGAUGAAUUUUAUAAUAACUAAAACAUCCAUCAAUUGAGUGAAGAGAUAAAGGAGUUUUACAGAUCCAUGGUUGAGUAAUUGAAGGUUCAAACCCAAACAUACAAUGCUUUGAUUGAAGAGAAAGCUCUGAGGAAGUUACAGUUAGAAGAGGUGGUUGAGGAGAUUAACAGAUUGAAAGAAUAUAAUUGUAAUACAUCUCAGCAAGAUAUAAGUGUGAUCAAUUAGGAUGGUUCGAUUACUGCAACCAACAUGGAAGUGCCCUAAGUGAUCCACGAUAAUAAUCAAUUAAGUAACUAUGUGAAACAAAAUCAAAUGUGUUUAUUAACCAUCCAUAUGAAGGCCAUUGAUAUGAUUUCAAGACUUUGUAUUGGAUUGAUCUGGUUGAGUGAGACAUCCAAAAUGGUGCCAAAAUCUCUGGACAAUCUAUGCUCCAAUUAUCUGAAGGGACACUCUAAAGCGGAAAUUAAAUUAUUUAUACCCAAGAAAUACAUGGGCAAUCCAAAACCUUAGAAAUAUGGCUCAUUUAUAUCCAUUAUCAAUAGAAACAAGAAUGAAAUCAGUCCGAAAGGCAGCAGCACUAAUAUUAUGACAACAACCAUGAACAAUUAAGAUAAAACGUUUGAGAAUGAAUAGUUGAUUCAGUGUUUGGCUAGAUUUAAGCAAUUGAAGAAUGGAUACGAAUAGAUCUAGCUUACUUGGAUGGCACUGGUUAAGAAUGAUUUAUUAACCUAUAAAUUUGUUAAGGAUUUCAACUUUGACUAGAUUGAGAUCAAUCAGCCUGUUUAAGAUAUUAUACUACAAUUGCAUAUUGUUUAUGCUGAAUUGAUUUCCAAGAUCAAUUACUUCCAACAUUAUGAAUACUAAUUUGCAUAUUUCAGAGACAUCGUGAAGAUGGCGAAUCAAUCCAAAUAAAAGAUCAAAACCAAUAUCUUUAAUAACAGUCAUAAACUAUGUGAUUCUACCCAUUUGAGUAGUAGUUACACUCCGAAUAAAUACAUUGAAACAACUUACAAGGGACAAUUGAAAAGAUUAACCAAUCCUCAAUUAGAGGAAGAUGAACCUUUAUAUACCCAAGACAAUGUGAAGAAGAUCUAAAAAACUAGUGAUGAAACCAAAUUCCAUUAAUUUUUUAUCUAACAAUCCAGCAUUAUCUAACGUAAAUCUCCAUUAUUGCAUGAAAAACUCAUAUCUUAAACCUUAUAAACCAUUGAUUAGAUGCGCAAAAAGGAAUUAGAUGACAAUUACCAAACCUCAGAUUAAGCUGCUUCAGACAACGAUUAUCUCAAUUAAGAACGUAGAAAUCUUAAAGGCAUGCUGAGCAAGAAAAUCCAAUAAUAACAAUAAUAUAUAUCAAAAUCAGAAGAAAAGGAUCUCAUCUCAUCAAGAUCAAUAAUGAAGUAGGUUAGUCUGUUAUCCAAAAUUUCACAUUUAUCUAGAGUGAAUUCCAAUUAGAACUAUACCCAAGUCAAUAAGUCCAUUCAGAGAUUGAAUUAAACGGUUCAAAAGAAAAUGUCUGAAUACUUUACUUAAGAUUAGAAUUACUAGGAGAAUAGGAUAAGGUAUCCACCUAUUGAGAAGAAGGUAUCAUCUCGCUCUCCAGAAUAAAAAAAAAAAUCAAUCAUCGACACUUUUCAUAAGGAUCUUUCUUCAAUGAUCAUGAACUCUACCUCAAAUGGUCGAUCAUUCCUGGCCUGA